UUUACUUAAUGGAUGAGAAAUUUCCAUUCGAUUAAUUAAUUUUAUGAAUUAUUAAUAACAUAAUCAAUUACAUUCUUAAAGUAUACACCCCCACGGAAACAAAUGCAUAACUAGUUUAGUUGAAUCAUUAACAAUGAACGACCCAAAUGUCUGGCAAAAUUUACUAAAUUCCAUCAAGCCAAUGUUAUUUGUUAGUAGGAUGUUUGGCCUUCUAACAUUUACUUACUCCGACAAAGGCUUAAAUGAAUCGAAAAUUAAAUACAUCGGAAAUAUAUUAGCUCUACUAAUUUAUACUCCAAUUACGUUUUAUGGAAUAAUGAUCAGAUUGCGACAUAGAACGAUGGUGUUGUAUAAAACAACAGAUAUUAUACAAUUAAUUGUGUCAAUGGUGUAUUUAGAAAUUGCCUGGAUUAUGAGCAUGGUUUAUCAAAAGAAAAACAUUAAACUACUCAACGAAAUCAAGAACUAUGACAAAAAUACAAUUAGAACCAAUAAUAAUAUAGAUUACAAGCGAACUCUUCGAUAUAUUUGGUACAAUAUUGGAAUAAGAAUUUUGGUAACAAUAGUAUCAAUUGCUGGUCAAGUAAUGACCUUAACUUAUUCGUUUAACACUAUUAAUAAAUCUAUGUUUUAUGUGGUAAAUUUCUUUCCUACUAUACUAAAUUCAGCUGUGUGUCUACAAUCUGUAACUUACAUUCAUCUAAUCAGAUAUAGAUUCAAGGUACUCAAUAAAAUGAUACAUAGUAUAAUCAUAAGUGUUAACACUCAGCCUACAGGGACCAUUCAAAGUAUAAAUAUUUAUAAAAAAGUUAGUGGAGACCUUGUUAAACUUUAUAACAUUUGCAGUAUGCACCACCAACUCGCGAAAUUAAUAAAACUAUUUAACAAAACGUUUGGAGUAACUUUGCUGGUGAUGUUUGGCGUCAGCUUCGUGAACAUUGUAGUAGGUUUAUAUUUUCCUUGUGCAAAUUUCAGGUCCGAAGAAAUCGACUGGGAUACGGUUGUCAAUUAUCUGCUUGUAUGUUUGCCAUUCAUAAUGGACACAAUUUACGUUUGUCAUGGUUGCAAUUCUACAGUUGAAGAGUUUAAAAAAUCGGGAAUUUUAAUACACAAAAUAGACACAGAAGAUUACGAUAUGAAAGAUCAAAUUGAAAUGUUUUCCUUGCAAAUAGCAAAUGAGCAAGUGGAAUUUAAUGCAUCUGGAUUUUUUCCAAUAAAUUUUACGCUACUGUUUUCCAUUAUUGGAGGAGUAACAACUUAUAUAAUUAUAUUAAUUCAACUUUCCAAUCCAUAAAUAUUAAUAUUUGAAGAUUCUUUGUGUGACCUGUUACAAUUUCAUAAAAUGCACAUUUGUUUUAUAAUAAAAAUUAUGGAAGAUAA